GCAUUUGUAACGAUUCAAAUCCUUUUCAUAACCCAGUCUUUUCGUGUCACGCACACCCAGACGACCCGCAUAUAAAACCUGCAGCCGCAAGGCACGAGCAUCUCGCCUCUCACCUCCCACACAGAGCCGCCAAAAACAUCCUGCAACAAGCAGAGCGAGCGAGACAAAACAUGUCGUGGACUACUCGAGUCAUCCCUCUCCUCGUCGCCGCCACCUCCGUCUGCUUCCUCUCCGCCGCCGCGGCGUCCAAUUCCACCUCGUCACGCCCCGGCCACCACCUCCUGGCCCGGCUCUCGCAAUGGCGGGAGCACUACCUGUCCGACCCGUCCUCGCACCACGCCGGCGGCGUGCGCCGGCACACCGUCCUGGCGUGGGUCCUGGCGUUCCUGGCCGCGUCCGUGUCGAGCGCCGGCGGCGUCGGCGGCGGGUCGCUGUUCCUGCCCAUCCUGAACCUGGUGGCGGGGCUGACCCUGAAGCGCGCCACCACCUACUCCUCCUUUAUGGUCACCGGCGGCGCCGCGUCGAACGUGCUCUACAACCUCUGGCGCGCGCGGGGGCGGCCGGCGCUGAUCGACUACGACAUCGCGCUGCUGUUCCAGCCGUGCCUGCUCCUGGGCGUCAGCAUCGGGGUGGUGUGCAACGUCAUGUUCCCGGAGUGGCUCAUCACCGCGCUCUUCUCGCUCUUCCUCGCCUUCUGCACCGCCAAGACGUGCCGCGCCGGGGCCAAGAUCUGGCGGUCCGAGAGCGCCGGCGCCCCCGCCGCCGCGCGUCACGACCACAAGGAGCCCCUGCUGCUCGGCGGCCUCCCGCAGCCCGUCCAGGACGACGGAGGCCAGGCAGCUCGCAAUGGCGGCUCCGGGUUCCCGUGGAAGGACGUGGCGGUGCUCCUGGUGGUGUGGCUGUGCUUCUUCCUGCUCCACGUCUUCAUCGGAGAUAAGCACGGGAAGGGAGUGAUCAGCAUAAAGCCCUGCGGGGUAGCAUACUGGCUCGCCACCGUGUCCCAGGUGCCCUUCGCCGUGGCUUUCACAGCCUAUAUCAUAUACGCAAAGAGGAAGAAGCAGGCUCCACAUCACCACGAAGAUGGCAAGGCAAAUUCUUCUGUGCACACUAAGACGGAGACUUUGCCCGCGCUCGCGCUCCCGCUGGCCGCUUUCGUGACCGGAUCUCUGAGCGGCCUCUUCGGCAUCGGCGGAGGGCUGCUUCUCAACCCCGUACUCCUUCAGAUUGGGAUACCCCCGCAGACGGCGGCGGCGACGUCUUCGUUCAUGGUGCUGUUCUGCGCGUCCAUGUCGAUGGCCCAGUUCAUCCUGCUGGGCAUGGACGGGAUCGGGGAGGCCUCGGUCUACGCGGGGAUAUGCUUCGUCGCCUCGAUCGCCGGGGUGGUCCUGAUCGAGCGGGUCGUCAGGAAGUCCGGGCGGGUGUCGAUGAUCGUGUUCCUGGUCACCGCCAUCAUGGCGCUCAGCACCGUCAUCGUCACCUGCUUCGGAGCCCUAGAUGUCUGGACGCAGUACACCGGCGGAGCGUACAUGGGGUUCAAGCUGCCUUGCUGACUGGCAUUCGUCAGCACGUAGUGUCUACUACAUGCAUAUAUGAGAGCAUGGGUGAGACGUGCUUAGUUACUAAUUGCUUCUUCUGGCUUGGCGUUUAUGUCUUCUCUGAAGAAAGGUUUUGUUCUUGGUGUUGCUAUGGCUUUUUAUGGGCUAUGCGUAGUCCCGUGUGAAUAAAUAUGUGCUUCUGGAAGAAGUGUUAGAAUAA